AUGUCAUUUCUCACUUCUUUGGUGGUGGUUCAAGGCAUACCAGAGGUCGCCCGAGCAGUUAUUCACAUUGACGAACAGAGUGGCAAGAACAAGUACAAACUUCUGGUGGAGGGCGACAAUCUGAGAGCUGUCAUGGCAACUCACGGAGUGAAUGGGAGUAGGACCACAUCAAACAACACAUACGAGGUUGAGAGGACUUUGGGUAUUGAGGCUGCAAGAUCCACCAUCAUCAAUGAGAUUCAGUACACCAUGGUCAACCACGGAAUGAGCAUCGACCGGCGUCACGUCAUGCUUCUUGCUGAUCUUAUGCCCUAUAAGGGGGAGAUUCUGGGAAUUACCAGGUUUGGUUUAGCCAAAAUGAAGGAAAGUGUCCUCAUGCUGGCCUCCUUCGAGAAAACAGCUGAUCAUCUCUUCGAUGCUGCCUAUUUUGGACAAAAGGACUCCGUCUGCGGUGUGUCUGAGUGCAUCAUUAUGGGGAUUCCGAUGAAUAUUGGAACAGGACUGUUUAACUCUGCACAAGGCUGACAAGGAUCCCUCCC